CACACCCUGCCCUGACCUGACUGUGCAGACACAGAACGCGACGCGACGCGACGCAAGUGUUUCCUCGGUGUUCGUGCACAAUGGGCUCCUCCUCGGCGCACCUCAGGAGGCUCAAGCCGCUUUACCAGCUGGUGGUGAACAACAUCCUCGCCUUUGUCGCCCUGCCGCUCGCCGCCGCGGUCGUGCUCAAGGUGGCGGAGCUGGGGCCCGAGGAGAUCGUGGCGCGGGCCCGCGCGCUCCGCCCGGUGCACAUGUUCCUGGCCGGGUUUCUACCGGCCGCCGUGGCGGUUCUCUACCUGAUGCUCCGGCCGCGCGCGGUGUAUAUGGUGGACUACGCGUGCUUCCGCACCAACCCCAACUGCCGCGUACCGUUCGCAACGUUCCUGGAGCACUCCCGCGUAUGGCCGGGCUUCGACGACCGCAGCGUCCGGUUCAUGACGCGCCUGCUCGAACGCUCGGGUCUUGGGGAGGAGACAUGCCUGCCCUACGCGCAGCACUACAUCCCGCCGUCGCGCGACCUCGAGUCCUCACGCGCCGAGGCCGAGCUCGUCAUCUUCUCCGCCAUCGACGACCUGCUCGCAAAGACCAAGAUCUCCCCCCAGGACAUCGACAUCCUCGUCGUCAACUGUAGCCUCUUCGCCCCGACGCCGUCCUUCACCGACAUGAUCAUCAACCGGUACGAUCUCCGCAAGGACGUGCGCAACGUGCACCUCGCCGGGAUGGGCUGCAGCGCGGGGCUCAUCUCUGUGGGGCUCGCCCGGAACCUGCUCCAGGUCGCGCCCUGGGGCGCGCACGCGCUGGUCGUGUCCACGGAGACCAUCACGCCCAACUACUACAUGGGGCAGGAGCGCGCGAUGCUGCUGCCCAACUGCCUGUUCCGCAUGGGCGGCGCCGCGGCGCUGCUGUCCACCAACGGCGCCAACGCGCGGUUCCGGCUGAAUCGCGUCGUGCGCACGCUCAGGGGCGCCACGGACAGCGCGUACCACUGCGUGUACCAGGAGGAGGACGACCGCGGCAACGUGGGGAUCAACCUCUCCAAGGACCUAAUGAACAUUGCGGGCGAUGCGCUCAAGUCCAACAUCACGUCCAUGGGGCCCCUGGUGCUGCCGGCGUCGGAGCAGCUGCUGUUCGCGCUGUCCUUCAUCGCACGAAAGGUGCUCAAAAACCGGAUCAAGCCCUACAUCCCGGACUUCCGCACGGCGUUCGAGCACUUCUGCAUCCACGCGGGUGGGCGCGCCGUGAUCGACGAGCUGCAGCGCAGCCUGACGCUGUCGGACGAGCAGGUGGAGGCGUCGCGGAUGACGCUGCACCGGUUCGGCAACACGUCGAGCAGCUCGCUGUGGUACGAGCUCGCCUACAUCGAGGCCAAGGGCCGCAUGCGCAAGGGCGACCGCGUGUGGAUGAUCGGCUUCGGCUCCGGGUUCAAGUGCAACAGCGCCGCCUGGGAGUGCAUCCGCCCGGCCCCCAACGCCGACGGGCCCUGGGCCGGCUGCAUCCACAGGUACCCCGUCCACAUCCCCGACGUGCUCAAGCACUGAGCAACACCCUGCUGCACACACACCGUCACCCUUACGUACGUACAGCCAUUCCUGCCUCCAGUUCAUCUCCCCGUAAAUUUCCAUUACUCUUCCCUUGUCUUUCCUUUGCCACCCCAUCUGGUAUUGCUGUGGCAUUCGGUUCGUGGAAAUCAAACUGUUGGAAUAGCGACUGGAUUCAAUUAAUAAGGAGUGAGCUGACGUGAGGUCAGAAUUAUGCUAGUGGAGUUCGGUAGGGGGCUCGUCGUGUCGAGGCGGCGGGGUCGUCGUCAUAAAGACGGGUCAGACUCUCGUGCAUGUGCGACGGCUGUGUUGUGGCUUAAUCGCCUCGCCCCUUUUCGGGGCUAUAAACGUACACUCGUUUGUUGUGACCCGUGUCGUGCGCUCUUGUGUUUCCCUUUCUCCGCAUGUCGUUUCUUCUUCUUCUUCUUCUUUAUUUAUUCCCCCUUUUCCAAAAAAGCCGAGUAAAUCGAGAGAGAUGAAUCAGGGACGGAGGAAGAAGAAAGGUUGAUGUAUCUGUAAUUCUGUAUACCUACUCCAUAAAUCAAUUGUUUCAAUUUAC